CCUCAUCCCCACUCUAGGAGUGUGAGUCGUAGACCAGCUGAUCGCCUGCACCACACGGUUGAUCUGGGCUAGAGAACCGUAUGAUUGCGGCAGCCGAGUUCAUACUUGAACUGCCCCUCCUCGGCCCCAGGUCAGAAGUUUCGAACCUUUCUCUCUCAACAAUCAAGCCACGUCUGCGCUCCCUCAUACACCGGAACUGAGCAAUCACCAUAGAUUCUAUCCUUGCUGAAAUCAACAAGCCACACGAUCUCGGUCUUCACAUGCGCGCUUCGACCUCACACAUUCAGCACUAGCCAAGUAAAAGCUCCGCCGCGGUCUCUUUGUACAAUCGCGACUUCUCGAAAUCGGUCAGUCAUCGUCUUGCACGGCGGAGUCGUCAAGCAACGGAAAAUGUCUUCGAGCACCGGAGCUUUCACCGGCCUUCGCUUGUCCUCCUUCUCCUCCGAGUCGUCAAGUACUUCCUCCGCGCGGUCUGGCAGCACUUCUUCGACACCCAACAGUGCGAGCAGUGACGCUAUUGGCUAUGCUGAGGAUUUCUUUUCUACCGCGGAUCGGCAGACACAACCACGCCAGCCCGGCCCGACUCUAGACGCCUACGCAUCGGGCGAGGAUAAAUGUCACGGCGUCAAAAUCCUGAACGCUGCUCUUGCCUCCGCUCCCCUCAAUGAAGACGACAUUGUGACUGCCUUGCAGGCCGGUCAGGGCGCGCAAGGACCCGGAGCUCGAGAUCGCCACUCAGCUUCGCGUCUGCUCCCGCUUGGAUCGCAACAAGACUCACAAACACGCUAUCUUCUUCAUGGAGGCGCGUGUGAAGCCUCUUCGAGUCUGUCAGAGCACGUGAAGCUCAGCCACGCUUGUCUGGAAGAUUGUGCCCACUCUUCCGACACCAUGCCAACACCAUUUCACACGCUUCAAUUAGAGCAGGCUGGGGGCCGCGACUCCAUGGUAUUUUGCCUUGACAAUCCACGGUCGUCCGCGCCAUGGCACUUUGGCGAACAUACCUCCAACCGUAGCCAGACGCAGCUGUCCUCAGCUCCGAAAUCCAGUCAUAGCUCUUCUAGCUCUCGACCUCACAUACAAGUCUCGUCUCCGUCACCAACGCCGUCUCCUUGGCAAUCUUCAUUUGGAGCACUGACCCACACCACGAUCAACGUACCGAGUCUCAGGCUUGACACCGCGAUGCCAGCUCGUGCAAGCUCGGAGCCGCUGAGCGGCGCAUCAGCGUCAGGUGUGUCCAAAACGAUGGCUUUCUUCAACUUUGACGGUGCGAGCUCUGAGGCUGAAGAGGGAACAUUUGCGGAGACGGAUCGUCGCCGCUCGUCUGUCCCUCUCGAAUCCCCCUCAAACCUGCCCGCCAACGCAAGCGUCCACGAGACGGCUGCUGCGGAGGGUGAGCAAGCACCCUCUGCAGGCCAAGCAACUCUACCCGAUCAAAGGUCUGGCUUGUUGACCUCACAGCCCUCAGAAAUGGAUCGCGACAAGGAAGCGUCCUCGUACAGAGCGCCAUACGCCCCAACCUUCGCCGAUCUAAGGACGGCGACCGAACAGCGCAAACGCAAGCUUGAAGACACUGCCAUAGAAGACUUCAGCACCAAUGCAGCCAUGGGCACAGAGUACACGCCUUGGAUCACCGCUGAGAUCACGAGCGCUAUGACCGGCAGGUAUCGCAGAAUCGCAGACACUGGCUCGAGCGAAGCUCCAAAGGCGCCAGCCAGCCGUGCGAGAGGUGCAAGCGAUCCGGAAAGCAAUUGGUUCGACGCACGAGUACCGGGCCAGUCGGACUCAGAGGCUCCGAGUCACGGUGCGGAGGCCGCCGACCUGACGUCCUCGGUCGCUCUGGCACAAGAUGACAACCUCCGUAAGUCUUUGCCAGACAGGUGUUUAGAUCGACGUUCUGACUCCUAACCUGCCGUCUUACCUUCAAAGUCGCUGAAGCUGCUCGACGACCGUCGCGCGAGCGCGAAGCGCGUGCUUCACAUUCUGCAAAUUUUGCUACUGAAGCCAACGGAAAUGCGCCAAGCACGCUUGAAUCGCUUGCGUCGAAUUGGUGGCAGCAAGGCGCUGCUCAGACCCCUUGGCUCUCUGGAAUUUCUCCUUCAAAUCCUGCGUUGCGGCGAGCCACAGUCAUAGGGAACCUGCGGAGCACGAAUGACCCGUACGAACAUGGCGAGCUGACUCGAAAUCCUCCAUCAAGCGAGGCUGCAGGGCAAUAUUCUUUCCAGCCCCAGCCUCACGACGGGUGGUAUCAAGAAGACCCUGAG